AUGGCGACCGGACCUCAUACCAACGGCCAGAAUGGCGUCAAUGGUUCUAACGGAACUGGGCGCAGCUCGCUCACAAACUACAUCGCAUAUCAGAUUGAAGGUUCUGGGAGAAAGUCAAUUGGUCACUAUGAUCCAGGAAACGACACGAUUCAGCCGCUCGCCUUUUCCUCUGGCACUCUGCUCGAAGACCUUUAUCAAGUUAUUCAAGUUGGAGAGUCGGGCAUCAUCACCUCUGGAGAAAGCGUGCCUGCCUCGAGCGUCAACAUACUGCCACCAAUCAAUGGCCGAGACGUGCUAUGCGUAGGAAAGAACUACGCCGAACAUGCCAAAGAGUUCAACAGCUCCGGUUUUGACAGCUCCGACAAGGUCGAUCAGCCAACCCACCCUGUCAUCUUCACCAAGCGUUUCACCUCCAUCAUCGGCUCUGGUCAAGAAAUCUAUCCUCAUCCUGGCUUUACUGAGACCAUCGACUAUGAAGGCGAGAUUGGUGUCAUUAUCGGUAAAGCAGGUCACCAGAUCUCCGAAGAGAACGCUAUGCAACACGUCUGGGGUUAUACCAUCAUCAACGACAUGACUGCUCGCGAGAGGCAGCGCGACCAUAAGCAAUUCUAUAUUGGAAAGUCGCCUGAUACCUUCUGUCCAAUGCUCAACAAAGUCCUGCGUGUCCAAACCAAAGUGAACGGUGAAACGAGACAAGAUGCCACAACAGACGAUCUGAUUUUCAGCAUCCCUUUCCUCAUAAAAACAAUGUCAGAGGGCCAGACUCUCAUGCCUGGAGACGUGUUGGCUACUGGAACUCCUGCCGGAGUCGGAAUCGGUAAGAGCCCUCCCACCUAUCUGAAAGCUGGCGACGAGGUCGAAGUCUCGGUGACUGGUCUCGGAUCCCUGAAGAACCGCAUUGGUGGCCCGAUGUCGUCUAACCCGACUAUCGCCGCUGUUCACGAGAUGGACCAAAUUCCCUUCUCUAAUCUCAAGGCUGUUGAUUCGACCGGCUUGAUUAGAAUCAACAACAAGUUGUUGUACUACCGCCAGCAAGGAGAGACUUCUGGAACGAACGCAGUAUUUGUGCAUGGACUGGGUGGUACAUCAGAUUAUUGGACUCCUCUGGUAGAUGCCGCCGGUCUGUCUCAGAGCCACAAUCUGCACUUCCUUGAUCUCGAGGGACAUGGUCUCUCACCCACCUCUCCUCUUAGCAAACUCAGCAUCGAGUCUUUUGCAGCAGACAUUAGGGGUGUGUUUGAUCAUGCUAGUAUCUCUUCAAGCGCCACGUUGUUUGCCCACUCAAUGGGCUGUCUCAUAGCAGUGAGAUUUGUCCUAGACAACCCAGGCCUGGUGGGCAAGUUGAUCCUCGUCGGCCCACCGCCGUCACCUCUACCCGCAGCAGCUAGCACAAAUUCGCACGCACGCGCUCAUCUCGUGCGCACUAAGGGCAUGUCUGCCGUUGUCGACGCUGUUGUCACAGCAGGCACCUCCGCCAAGACCAAGUCUCAUAAUCCCCUAGCCAUUGCAGCCACUCGACUCUCGCUGCUCGGCCAAGACCCCGAAGGUUACGCGAAAGCAUGCUCCGCUCUUGCUGAUGCGACAACGAAGCUCGACUUUGCUGCUAUCAAGCCACAGACUUUGAUCAUCACCGGCUCUGAGGACAAAGUAUCGCCACCGCAGUUGUGUGAGGGAUAUGCGUCAUCGCUGCCUCAAGGUAGCUCGGUCGAGAUUUUGGAGGGUGUGGGUCACUGGCACGUCUUCGAAGAUGUCGAGGGUGUGAAACAUGCUGUGUCUGGAUUUCUUUCGAAGUAA